AUGCAGAGACGCAUGGAUGGUUCGGAAAACUUUUACCGGAAUUGGACCGAGUACAAAAUGGGAUUUGGCGAUCCGUGCGGAGAAUUUUGGAUUGGAAACGAUAAUUUAUACAAACUGACGUCAAGUAACAAAUACAAACUGUUGAUCGUGCUGGAGGAUUUUGAUGGAGCCACAAGAUGUGCAUCGUACGACACGUUCAGCGUUGGACCACCGAGUUCAAAUUACGUAUUGUACAUUGGAGACUACAGAGGAACAGCAGGAGAUUCACUGAGAGUCCACAACAACAUGCCCUUCUCCACACUAGACAGUGAUCACGACAUGUCGUGGAACAGUUGUGCAGUCAAGUUUGCUGGAGCUUGGUGGUACAGAGAAUGCCAUCAGUCCAAUCUUAACGGCUUGUACUUGCGCGGACAUCACACUUCAUACGCUGAUGGUGUGAAUUGGAACACAUUUCGGGGCUUCAAUUAUUCUCUUAAGUUUACUGAGAUGAGGGUUGAACUUAUUUGA